GACUAUUUCAGCUGAUUCAAGUGUAAACAAAAUAACAAAAUCUUUAUUUUGUUUUGUGCUUCCUUCUAUUUUUUUUUACCAAUAGGUACUAAGUAGCUACAAAGAAGGAAAGAUUCAAUUUUGAUCUAUACGAAUUCCAAAAUCAAACAGUAGUUAUUUUUGAGAAAUAAGGUUUAUGUCCUAAAAUCUAGUCCGAUUUGGGGUUUUUCAAGCUGUAAACACGUGUUACUUGAACGAUAUUUUAAAAUUGAAGAAUUUCCAGUUAAGGAGAGAAUGAAUUUUGACAACAUUUACACCCAGAUUGGUCAUGAUCUUGAAAAAAUUGGUGUUGGCAGAGAAACACUGAUGCGCUUCUCUAAAUGCUCUGGUAAUUCUCAUCGGAUCUCUUUUGUUUUGGGAUUGGAGUUGGUGAGAGCUUCUUUCCAUGAGCCACUUCACCUUGCCAAACAAGAAUUUUUGAAUUAUUCCAAAUGUGAGAUUCAAUCUACUAGUCAUCGAGUUGAAGGAGAUGGUUACUACCAGAAAAAGCUCAACUGGAAAGCCAUCUGUUUUUACAACCGUAGUCUCCUAGUUGGAAAAGAUGAAACAUUAGCCCUUACAUACGCUAAUCGAUCGGCCGUCUUCUAUGACACAGCAGACUGGCUCCAUUCGUUGAGGGACAUUCAACUCUCCCUAGAUCAUGGUUAUCCAAAACAUCUCGAAUAUAAGUUGCGUGAACGACAAGGCGAUUGUUGGUUGGAACUGGGACAAGUCAAUCAAGCAUUGAUCAGCUUUAACCUAGCAAGAGAUUUACUUAUGAACCUGUCUACUUUACAACAAAAGGACAAACUUGGCGACUUGGUAUUAAAGCUUAAACAAACGAAAAACAAACAAAAAAAAGCUAAAAAAUGUGGUCUACCAGACAACGACAAGAUUUCAAGUAUCAAGUCCAUCGAACAAGAAAUCAUUAAGAAGAGAAGAUCGGCGCCAGAAUUGCACCGCGCGAUAAACCCUUUAUUGCCUAGCGCUUCAGCAUCAGUCGAACUAAUAAAUACUCCCGAUCGAGGCCGUUGUCUUAUAGCUACUGAAGAUAUCAAAAUAGGAGAAACUGUUAUAGUAGAGAAAGCUCAUGCUUCCAUUCUACUAGACGAAUUCAAAGAAUCGCACUGCCAUCAUUGCCUCCACUGGACGCCAGGACCGGUACCAUGUCACAAAUGCUCUCAGGUUGGAUUCUGUAGUACGCAAUGCCGCGAUGAAGCAUGGGACAGCUACCACCAAUACGAGUGCGGUUUGACAGACUUUCUCUGUCGGACCACACGUGAUGUCAAUACGGGCCAACACGGAUUACUAGCCCUCAGGACGGUUCUGAAAGCUGACAGGCGAUUGAUCAUUAUUGCGAACGAACAGGAGAAAUCUCCUGAAAGUUAUGCCAGCCAAGUGUUCGAUUCCGCCAAUUACGACACGGUCCAUCGCCUCGUUGACAACUCGUCUCAACGUUCAACGACGGAUAUUUUCAGACGGACCGUCAUGGCAGUUUAUUUAACAAGUUUGAUUCAGAUUCGUGAUGGUAAAGAUCGACCCGAUGAAGUAUUAGCGACGGCUGUACUUCGUUUACUUCAGAGCUACCCUUGUAACGCCCACGAAAUCUCCCAUAUGGCCAUACCUGUCCCCUCAGGAUUCUGCUCUCAAAGUAAAUCAUUGCAAUUACAACAGAUUCAGUCGUGUGAAAUUGGUUCUGCGGCCUUUCCUGUUGUCAGCCUUAUGAACCACUCAUGCAACCCCAACGUUGUUCAUCUUUGCUACGGAGAUGUCAUGGUGGUUAAAGUCAUCCACCGGAUCGCACGCGGGGAAGAAAUCCUCGACAAUUAUGGCUACCACUAUGCCACUCAUGAGAAGAGGGAGCGUCAACUGAAACUUUGCCAGCAAUAUUACUUCCGUUGCCGUUGCCAAUCUUGCGUGAAAGACUGGCCUCUCUACAGAGACACUCCUAAACUUACCAGCAGACCGGACAUAGCAGAUCGUAUCACCAAGGAUAUCAACAACUUUAAAAAACUCUCUUGUUGCUAUCCGGAAGGGUCAUCUCAGCUGGAAGAAGCGGCACGGUUGUUCAUUGGCCAUUUGGACAACAUGGAGUCUGAUCCAUCAAUCAAUCUUCCCGUCCAGGAAUAUAAUAAAGCUCAAGAAGGGUUGAAACUUUGCUUGGCCUUAUUAGCUACUUUAAGUCCCCACCUUGUUUUUUGAUUCCAUUAGGUUUUAUCUCUAGAAACCUUCUCAAACUCAAUAACUUCAUGUAGCUCUCACCUUGCUUUCAGUUUAUAUUAGUAACAAGGGUUCAUUUUGAUUUUGAUGCAGUUCUGAAUUACUUGUACUGAACUGAAGUCUAAACCCUUCAUUUUAGCGAUUGCGCAUGUAGUUUCCAUUUGAAAUAAACGGCUUGAU